AUGGGCGUCGGUCGUCGAAUGAAGAAGCAGGGUCCUCCUGCCCCACUGGAUGAGGCUACAAUUUCUAUGAUCAAAAAGCGAAAGGCUGCUGAGGCUGAAGCCAAAGCAGCAGGCGGAAAAAAGCGACGGAAGGCCGUGGUCGAGACAGAGCCUGAGUCGGAGCCUGAGACGAAGAAAGUAAAGAAAACAAAGACGAAAACCAAUGGUGCUACCACAGUCACGAAUGGAAAUGGACAGAAAACGCCUGUUUCUGCGGCGCCGAAGAAGACUGAGAAAGGCAAGAAGAAGUCGGCAAAGAAACCUGUUGAGCCAGAGCCUGAGUCCGAAGAGGAGGAGGAUGACAUUUCGGAAAGUGGAAGCUCCCCCGAUCUCGACCAAUUAAUGCAAGACGAGUUCGAUGAAUUGGACGGCGUGAGCGAUGCAUCUGGCGAUAGUGGAUUGGACGAAGAGGACGCAAAAUUCGACGAAGGAUCGGUAUUUGAUUCGGAAGAGGAAGACCACCCACGAGAGAAGAUGUUUUCGGACGACGAAGAUGAAUCAGAUGCUGAAGAAAAGCUCACAGCUGCCAACAUUGCGGGUCUCUCACGGAAACUUGACGAACAGCGGCAAUUGGAGGAAGAGGAGGCCAGGCAGGAAAUGCAAGACUCGGCCAUGCAGACCAAUAUCGCCGGUGACCGACCCGAUAUUUUUGGUGACGCUGAAGCGGCUGCAAAGGCCGGCGUCGCUCCUAACAUGCAAUUGCUACGUACUCGGAUUACUGAUACCCUGCGAGUCUUGGGCGAUCUAGCAACUCUUGGUCAGCCUGGAAAGUCUCGCGCGGAUUACAUGCAACUUCUACUUGACGACAUUUGCACCUACUAUGGAUAUACUCCAUACUUGGCUGAAAAGCUAAUGUCUCUAUUCACUCCUAUGGAGGCGUUUGCGUUCUUCGAGGCUAACGAAACGCCCCGUCCGGUUGUCAUCCGUACAAACACUUUGCGCACGAAUCGCCGCACGCUUGCGCAGACAUUGAUUAACCGAGGGGUGGUCCUGCAGCCAGUCGGCAAAUGGUCCAAGGUCGGUUUGCAAGUGUUUGAAUCCGCGGUCCCUCUGGGUGCUACCCCAGAGUAUCUUGCCGGUCACUAUAUUCUGCAAGCUGCCUCAUCUUUCCUCCCCGUCAUGGCUCUUGCCCCUCAAGAAAACGAGCGCGUGCUAGAUAUGGCCUCGGCUCCCGGUGGUAAAACGACAUACAUCUCUGCUUUGAUGCGUAACACCGGUAUCGUGUUGGCCAACGAUGCCAGCAAGCCUCGUACUAAAGGUCUGAUUGGUAACAUUCACCGUCUGGGCUGCAAGAAUACCGUCGUCUGCAACUAUGAUGCUCGUGAGGCUUUCCCCAAGAUUCUCGGUGGGUUUGACAGAGUUCUGCUUGAUGCACCCUGCACUGGAACGGGAGUCAUAUCCAAGGAUCCCAGUGUCAAGACAAACAAGACAGAGCGCGAUUUCCUGGCCAUACCGCACAUGCAAAGACAGCUCUUGCUUGCAGCUAUUGACUCUACAGACCACCAUUCCAAGACAGGUGGCUACGUGGUGUAUUCGACAUGUAGUGUCACGGUAGAAGAAAACGAGCAAGUGGUGCAAUACGUCCUCCGCAAGCGUCCGAAUGUUAAGAUCGUUGACACUGGUCUGGGCAGCUUCGGUUCUGAAGGCUUCACAAGCUACAUGGGCAAGAAGUUUGAUGAGAAGAUGUCACUCACACGACGCUAUUUCCCGCACAGGGAGAACGUUGACGGUUUCUUUGUUUGCAAAUUGAAAAAGACCGGUCCAAGCCCUGGCGCCAGCAAGACUGCUAGCGGCGCUGCUACUACUACAACAAAUGGCGCGAAAUCUGAUAAAUCAGCGUCGGGCGCUGAAGAUACUGAUGGCGAGAUUGUCGAUAAAACACCUAUCACGGAUGACGAUGGCGUCGCUAUUGGUGAAGAAGCCUUUGGUCCUUUCAACGACGACGAAGACGCCGAGCUCAUUGCUCGCGGUGAACGCAAUCGGUUGAGAAGGAAGGGUAUCAACCCCAAGGCAGUGAUAGAAAAGAAGGGGAAGAAGCAAGAUUCAGUCUCCGCAUUCGAUAACGAGCCUUCUUCUUCAGAGGGGGAGAAGAAGAAAUCCAACCCUGAGAAGAAGGAAAAGAAGAAGUCUGAAUCUGAUACCAGUUCAAAGACACAGACACCGGCAGCAGCAGAUGUUUCUUCUUCGCCUUCUUCUUCAAAGUCCAAGAAGAACAAGAAGGGGAAGAAAUAG